AUGGCUACACUAGAAAAACCUUUGAAAGGACGUUCAAAAGUAAAAAGGAGGUCUACUAUGCCAGCAAGCAUAGAUAGAAUAAUAAAUCGAACAGAAGAUAUUGGAAUUAGUACAAGUAUUACUCCACCAACACUACCACAUUUAGAAUUUGAAAGUAACGAUUAUCAUAUUUUGGAUUUAUUGUCAAAUGAAAGUUUUACAGGCAUCGAUUUUGCAUCUGAGAAACCCAAUACUCCAUUAGCUGAGGCUUUUGAACAAGAACAUUCUGAUAUAAAUAAUGAUACUAAUGUUGAUGCUGCUGCUAAUUCAAAUGUAACAACAAAUGACGAAUCAUUGAAUUUACAAACUUCAAAUAUUCCAUCUUUCGAACAAAUUAUUCAAAACGUAGAAGGUGAUGAUGGAAUUUACAAUACAUUGAGAAAAGAAAAUGCAACCUUAAGUGACCUGCAACAAGAUUUAACUACACAAAUAGAUGUUACUGAUGAAAUAUGGAAUGAUCUUGAUUGUUUAACAGAUGUUGUUGCGAGAUUGUGUUAUGAACAAUCAAUGAACGACCCGCCACCUAGAUAUUCAUAUAACUACGAUGAAAAGAAUUUAUCUACAAAAAAUGAUCUCCCUAAAUAUUCGUCAUCUGUACUGUUGAAUUCAAAUCUAAUUGGCAAUGAAAAGGCUCAGCGUGAUUUGGAAUAUGUUAUUUCUGCAAUACAAAGAGUUUAUACCGUUGCACCACAACUUGAUAAUCAAAGGGUUGAACUCAACAGUCGUCAGAAAAAAGAAAUCAUGGCAGCAGCUAUAUCAACAACCAUACAAAAAUUAUCUAGAGGUCGAUAUGAAGAACAACGUGCAGAAUCUUCUUCGAAUUUAAAACAUCAAACUUUAAAUAAGUUGAUUGAACAGAUUAUUAAAUCAUCUGAAAGGAGUUUUUUGGAUCAACGUGUGGAACUUAAUUCACGGCAAAUAAAAAAUUUUGAAAUUGCAAAAUUAGACGGGAUUGUUGAAAAACUUGGAAAGAAUCGGAUGACAAAUCAAGAUUGGCAUCCACCUGAACAACUUUUUAUCAAAGAUUUAACAAGAUUAACCGAUGAAUUUGCUAAAUCAGCAACAAAUUCUAUGUACGCUUCUCAACGUUUUCAUCUAACACCAGCAAAAGAGAAGGAUAUGUUUAUGAAUAGUGUAUUUAAAAGAGUUGAGAAGUUACAUUCUUAUCGAAUGGUUAAUCAGGAUGCUGAUCCACCUUUUGUACGCCGUGAACAAGAAGCAGAACAAAUGGUUUCUAAAAUGCAAUAUAGUCCGUCGAUGGAUAGUCAACGUGCAAUUUGGAGUCCAAAAAGAACAUCAAAUUUAGUUUAA